CUUUUGUGGUGUUCUCUCGCGGCCGAAUCGUGUCCCCCUCGGCUGAUAUUGUGUGACAGUGCUACAAGAACGAGACUUCUGUCUACUGGGACGUCAUGGGGCAUCCACCUCGGCUCUCGGGGACGGUCCUCGCCUGCCUGCUGCUUCUCACCGCGGGCGUCGAGUCUACCGGAAAAUGUACAACCGGCUGUCGCGGAAUGCAGGGAAGCAAGGCGUAUAAGGAAGGCACAACGUACGUAUACGACCUGGAAGGUACGUUAACGACGUCGGUCUCCGAUGGUCAAAACAGCGAGUCCGUCGAACUGACGGCCACCGUUGAGAUGUCCGUCAAGCCAGACUGUCUUCACCAACUGCGGCUGAAGGACGUCAAGCUCAACAAAGCGCCUCCGUCCACGCCAGACGUCGAGCAGUACGCGGUCCAGUUCAACUACCAUGACGGGCACAUCGACACGGAGCUGUGCACCGAACCUGGGGACUCGCAAGCCUCGCUCAACAUCAAGAGAGCGGUCGUCUCCAUGUUCCAAUCGGCUGUCAUGAAAGAGAGCGGCUCGGCGACUCACCACGAAACCGAUGUGAUGGGCGCCUGUCCGACCAAAUUCUAUUUCCGCAAAGACGCCGACACGCUGAUCGUCCACAAGACGAAAAACCUGGACGACUGCGCGUACCGCGAGAACGUGAAUCAGGGCCUGAUAUCCGCGAGCGCCGACAUGGCGGCGGGCGUGAAAUCCUCGCCGCUGAUGUCGUCUACGCAAGAACUCGAGCAGCACUUUGAACGCGGCGUCCUGAAGAAAACGUGGUCCGCAGAUAUCUACAAAUUGAAACCGUUCAAAAAUGGCGACUCUGGAGCGAGGACGGACGUACGAACGAGACUUACUCUGAAGAGCGAGAAACCGGACAGUCCCGCGGCAGCUGUGUCCGUGCCCAAGUCGCUGGUCUUCGAGGCGCCUCAUCCAGUCCUCAAGUCAUCCGCGGACGCCCUCGGUAACGCGUUGAAGGCGGCCAAGGCUGAAGUGGUCGGUGGGAUGAAACAAGAAGCGGCUGGAAAAUUCUCCGAGUUGACUAAGAUCGUCAGACAGAGUUCCAAGGACGACAUCCUCUCCGUCUACAAGAAAGUUCGCGCAGGAGGCAGUAAAGAGGAGCAGAAGCUCCUGCUGGACGCUCUGUGCCGCGCGGGAACUGGCGAGGCAGCGGAGGUAGUCGUGGAACUGAUCAAGAACAAAGAAGUGAGCGGUAUCCAGGAGCUGAUGUUCUACGGAGGCCUCGCUCUGAUAGGCCACGUGCAUCUCCCGUCCAUGGUCGCGAUCACGUCCCUGUUGAACCAGCCUAAUCUGCCGAGAAUCGGUUACCUUGGAGUCGGACACGUGAUCGGUAAGCACUGCCAGGAUCAUCCAUGCGAAAACGUGCCUCAAGUGAAGGAGGCGUUGCACAAGAUCCGCGAGAAGGUGGGCAACGGCAAGGCCAAGACCAGGGAGCAGGAGAAUCUGGUGGUCUCAGCUCUGAAGGCGUUGGGCAACACGCGUUUCCUCGACGACCCAACCCUGCAGAAAAUAGCGAACAUCGCCGCCGAUAAGAACGUCCGCAACCGCGUACGAGUAGCUGCCAUCGAAGCCUUGCCCACCAGGUGCUCCAUGAAGUGGAAGAACAUCUUGUCCAAGGUCCUCGGCGACCUGGAAGAAGACAGCGAAAUCAGAAUCAAGAGCUAUCUCUCGAUGGUCGCCUGCCCCUGCGAGCACGUCGCCGCUACCCUUAAAGAGGUACUGAGCAAGGAGACCGUGAACCAGGUCGGAUCCUUCAUCCAGAGUCACCUGAGGAAUCUGCGAGCGUCCACCGACCCGAACAAGCAGAGCGCCAAGGUCCAGCUCGGGCUGAUCAAGCCUCGCACCAUGUUCCCCGAGGACUUCCGCAAGUUCUCCUUCAACACCGAGGUGUCUUACAACGCGGAAGCGUUAGGGCUCGGCUCCACCCUUGAGAGCAACGUCAUCUACAGCCAGAACAGUUUCGUGCCACGCUCCGCCAACCUGAACCUGACCACGGAGAUCUUCGGUCGCAGCUUCAACUUCUUGAACCUGAACGCCCGCGUGGAGAACCUGGACAGAGUGAUCGAGCAUUACCUAGGACCCAAAGGCAAGCUCCGCGAAAAGGACGUGGACGAUAUGAAGGAAUCCGCAUCGACGGCUGCGGCCGACAUCGAGAAGCAAAUCAAGGAUCGGUACAGCAGACUGGGACGCGGCAAACGGGACGUGAAGCAGGGAGAGUUGGACAGAUUCGCGAAGAACGUGCACCUGAGGGGCAACGAGGUCGACCAGAAUCUCGACCUGGACCUGUCCCUGGAGCUGUUCGGCGUCGAGCUCGGUUACCUGCAGUACCAAGGCGACAGCUCCAAGCUGAAGACGAAGAUGAUCGUCGACAAGUUCUUCGAUUACCUCGACAAAGGCGUCGACAUGGCCAAGUACAUGAACUACGACCUGGAGAACUACGUUCAGUUCCUCGAGGCUGAACUGGUGUACCCUACCGGUAUGGGCUUCGCGUUGGCUCUCGGUUUGACGGGGACCAGCGCGGCUCGCAUGAAGAUUAACGGAAAGAUCGACAUCCCCGCCUUCCUGUCGGACGCAGGGAACGGAGCAGCCAAGGUGGCCCUCGAGCCCAGCGCGUCUAUCAGCGUCGUCGGGUCCAUGGUCGUCCAAGGCUUGGGAGCCGAGUCCGGCAUGAAAAUCGUCAACACUCUUCACACGGCUACCAGCACGGACGUGAUCCUCACCAUGCUGGACGGCAAAGGCGUCGACAUCAAGGUUGGCGUCCCUAAAAAGAAGCAGGAGCUGAUCAGUAUGAAGAGCGAGGUUCUGGUCAGCGGGCCAAAGCCGAACACGUACGUAGCGGCAAAGUUCGACAAGGGCAAAGAGUACAAGGACUGCUUCGAUCAGCUGUCCCCCCUCAUCGGGAUAACCGUCUGCGGCAAGAUCUCCUAUCCCUACGAAGACAUCGCCACCAUUCACAAGAGGCCCAUGUUCCCUUUGAGCGGGCCAGCCGAAUUCGCAGUCACCGUUGAGAACAACGACGUCAGCAACUACCACUUCAAGGUCUACCUAGACGCCGACAACCCCAAGAAACGCACGUUCGAGAUCCUGCUGGACACGCCCAAGAGCAAGACCAACAGGCACGUGUCCCUGGUCGCGGAGGUCGGCCUCGAGUCUCCCAAGUACGCCAAGAUCUCGUUCGACUCGCCCGUGAAGAAGGCCUCCGUCGAGGCUGUCCUCGCUAACAAUCCUCAGGAACGGAGCCUCACCCUCACCGCCAAUCACGAUCAGAAUCAGUACUACGGGAAAAUUGGCGUGAUAGCCAGCGGCAGCAAGUACAAGCCCGUGUUCGAGUACAAGAUGCCCGACCAUAUCGAGAAGCUAGCCAGCUCGAAGGUGGGACUCGCGCCGGGUCAACAGUACAACGUGCAGGGCACGGUGGACGUGACCGAUUACGAGGGUGGUCAGAAGUUCGUGUUCGACAAGGUUACCCUGAUGGCCAACGGUCAGAAGCUCCUGGUGAUCGACGGUUCGACCACGUGGACGCCCACCGUCCUCAACGUUGACACGGACCUCGGCUACGGCGACAAGAAUCUAGCUCUGAAAGUGAACGGAGAGAGGGACAAGAAUGGCUGUAUGCUCGUCAUUUCCGCGUUGCCGUCCACAGACCCGAACAUCGCGUUCAAAUUCAAGUGGGAGGUGAAGAGGGAGCCUGGCCAGAUGAAGAACACGGUCACGUUCGUCCACGGUCCCGAUCCGAACUCCAAGCGCAACCGUCUAGCCUUGACGCAGAGCGCUCGCUACAAUUUCGACCCGAAGAACUUCGAUCUAGACCUGGCCAACGACUUGAGCUAUCCCGUCGUGAAAUUGAACGCGAAACUCGACCUGAACCUCGCCGUCAACUCCAAGUCGAAGAACACGUUCGGCACCAACAUCCUGGUGGAGUACGAUAAAUUCAAGCUGGGCACGGAGCUGUCCGCCAAGGUGAACGCGAACAAGAAGGGCGACUACGACGUGAACGGCAAGGCCGCCUUGAUGGAGAACGAGAUCAGAGUGCACGCCUCACGCGUCGUCCUCGACGACCACAAGAGCAAGUUCGCCAACGCGUUAGUGUUGACCCCGGGUGGCAAGUACACCGCUGACGCGACGGUGACCUACGACGUGACCAAGAACAACGUCAACGUCCAACUGGACGGCGACGCGAACCUGAACGGGAAGAAGGUCAAGGUGGACUCCGGAUUGGAGUGCAACCAACAGGCGAUCAACUCUCGCGCGUUCGUCAAGGUCGACGGUGUCAAGUACGUCGAGUUUCUGCUCAACACUCGACGCUCCCCGCAUCCAACGGGCAACCUGAACCUCAACCUGAAGAGCUACCUGACGGCCACGGGCCAGUACACCUACCAAAACGGCAAAGGAAACAUGAACUUGAACGUCGACGUUCCGAAGAUCAACCGCAAGAUCAAGGGCAACGGAGACCUGACGGUGUCCGGCACUCAACACGUGGGCAACUUCGAGCUGCUCUACGACGCGGAGAAGGACCCCAGCAAACGCGUCAAGCUGUCCACCGUCUCCGACAUCAAGAAGAACUCCAUCGACACCAAGAACGUCUUGGAGGUUCUCGACAAUAAACUGGAGCUCAACGGCAAGGGCAGUCUGAAGGGUACCUUGACCAACGGUGAGCUGCAGGUGGAAGGCGAUAUGACGUUGCCCAACGGACGGCAUUUUGUAUUGAAAGGGAAUCGCAACUCCGUGAAGAAGGAGAACAAGUACGACGUUCAAGUAGACGCGGAAUUGGCCGACUACGCGAAGAAAGGCGGAGAAGCGAGGAAACUGACGUACAACAUCGUCGCCAAGGACGUCGACCUCCAAGCGUACACCUUCCAGACCGACGCUAAGCUCAAGUACGUCGGCGUCGACGGAAAGGACGUGCAGGUAGCGUGGAAGGGAAAGAAACUGAAGGACGACGAAAAGAAGGUGAACAACGUGAACGUCGAGGUGAGCGGAGCAAAGGUCCCGAAGAAGUUCCAGUUUCAACUUGGAUCCAGCUGCGACGAGGACGAGACGACGUACGACGUCAAGUCGUCCUUGGGCGACAAUCUGUCCUUGAAGAGCAAGGGAAAGUUGAAACAAGGAAACGACGAGAAGCCAUGCAAGGUGGAGGGUAUUUUGGACGUGAAAUUGCCGAGCGACAAAUUGGAGAACUUGAAGCUGGAGGUGUCUGGCAGCAUGCUAGGACCUAACGCCAACAGGAAUGAAAUGGAGGGCGAGAGCUCUGUGACGCUGACGUACAACGGCGACAAGACGGUGAAGAUGGAGUCGGAGUUGGAGCUGAAGGAAAUUGACGGGCUAGGCGAGAAGAGCGAAGGAAAAUGGAAAUGCAAUGUAAACGUUCUGCAGUUUCCACAGUUGAAGGUGGGAGGUAGCUACAAGUACUCUCUCGCGGAGGAGAAGAGGACUGGUUCCGCCGAUCUGAACGUCAACUACGGCGACAAGGAGCUCAAGCUCAAGACGAGCGCUGACGAUGUCCCGGAGAUGGUCACUGUCAACCUGGAAGCCAAGUGUAACUUGAACUUCGACAAACUACGCAACGCCGAAUUGGUCCUUCUCCACAAGAUCUUGAAGAACGAAAACGCACGGGAAGCUGUUGCAACGCUCACGGCCAACGAUGGGAAAUACAACCUGAAGAGCGAACUCGUGCAAAAAGACGAGAACCAUCUGUUCCAAACGGCAGCCAAGACACCAUCGGGAGAAACAGGAUUGAUGUCCAAAGUGCAGAAGCUGGGACCUACGGAAUACAAAGGCGAAUGGAAAGUGAUCACACCUCAAGGAUUCGCCGUUGCCGACGCGCACGUCGACCUGAACAGCGUCGACGACUUCAUGAUCAACGCGAACUUCGACAGCGACAAGAUCGCCCGUCGUAAACUCCACGCUGAGAUCGCCAACAAGCCGACAGCCAAGACAGGAAAAAGGAUCGUCAUCACGAUCACCAGCGACGGCCAGAACAUCGUAACAGGAAGACUGCAAUAUAUAUCCAGCACGAGCUACAAAAAGCGCGACGAGGAGGGAAAAGUAGUGGUAGAAGGGAACGGAAGCUUGAAGGUUGGCGACAACACCAGGAGCUCUUCGUUCAAGUACACCCGUCAACAGUUGACCAACAAAAAGGACGGAGAGGUCGGCACGGCCAUAGUCCUGAACGCUAACUUCGGGCCCUCCGCCAUCGUGGGCGAGCUGAAGCUCUCGAAUAAGGAGAUCCACGUGUUCGAGAGCUACUGCGAGCAGAACAAGGACUGUGCUCACUUCAAGCUCCAAUCGAUCCUCGACACCGCGAACCCGUCCGCGCUCAAGCACCAAAUCACCGUGCAGGUUGACCUGAAGAAGUUCAACGUGCCCGCUGAAUUCGGACUGAAAACUAUCACCGAGGCGAAGGCACCCGCGUUCGACCACACCACGAACCUCUACCUCCACACGACGAAGGACAAGUCCGAAUACACUUACGUGGCAUACAUCCAUCCGAAAGAAUCAGCUUCCAUUCUGACUUUGCCUUCGCGCGAAUUGGCAGUCAUUCUGACGUACGAUCUACCGAAAACCAAGCACACAGGAGCAUGCAGACUGGACCUAUCCGUUUUCCUGGAUAGAAAGAACAAACCAUCCGAUAAGACCAGUUUGUCUGCUAGCGGAGAUAUGACGGUCGACAAGAACAGUUUCUCCUUGAACGGGGAGACCAAGUUCACCUAUCCGACGCAACCCAAGGAUAUGUCGGUGAAAGGAUGGCUUCACUACGGCGGCGAGAGUUUGCUAGACGCUAAUCUGGACAUAGACGUCUUCGCCAAGAAAUUGCAGAAGAUCUCGAUCUCCGCCAACGUUAAACGAUCGCAACUCCCGGAUGGCACCAACAUCACUAGCGCGAUCGAGGUGAACAGCCGUGGCCAGCACCUUAAAGUCGACCUGAAAUCCCACGUGACCAUCGCCAGCAAAGAAGUAGGAUUCGGUAGCUUCUUGACGUACAACGACGUGCACCAGAAACCGAAAAGCCUGGGCGUACUUUUCUCCGCGAGUCCCUCUCAGGUCAAUCUGCUGGCCACGUUGCCUGACAAAGAGUUGAUCAAGGACCAGUGGAAGAUGACGUUCUCGAAAGACUUGCAGAAGGUGGACAGAGAGCUGUCCCUGCUAGGCGAAAGUCCCGACGUGAUCACCUUCGAAGCCAAGGACCUGAAUCGUUUCAAGUUCAACAAAUACAAGAAAGACAAACGUAACGACAAGCUGACCGUGAACGGUCGAAUGGUCAUUGGCCAGUUGGUCGAGGUCCACGCGGACGUCUCCAAAGACAACGUGAAGAAGGACUUGUUCCACGUGUUGGUCCAUCUCGACGAGAAGCAAUUCCUCAAGCCUGACUUCGGUUACAAUAAGGAGAACGUUGCCGAUGCUGUCGGGGCCAUCAGAAAUGAAAACAUGGAGCGUCUAAAGAAACUGAAGGACAUCCAGGGGUACGUGGUGGAGCAGCUGCAGGUGGAGUUCGGAGACCUCGUGGAGCAUCUGAAGAAAGCGCAACCGAACUUGAAGCCACUUAUGGAAUACUACAAAGGGGAGCUGAAUAAACUGGAGAAGGAGAUCAGUGCUGACGAGACCGUCCAGGAAAUCCAAGCUACCUUGAACAAGUACUUCGGCGUGGUGGUGGCAGCCGUAACGCAAGCGAUGAAGGAUAUCACGGAGGGCCUGACGAAACUGCAGAAGCAGCUCCUCGAGAUCCUGUCCAACCUGAAAGAGGCCAUGAAACCCGUCUAUGCGCAGCUGAAGGAGUCCUGGGACAAGAUGUUCCACCACUUCAUGGAGAUCGUCGACGCGGCAGCCAAACUGGCGACCACUUACCUCAACGCGAUCCUGAACAUGAUAAACGAGCACCAGAAGGAGUUCCAGGACGUGCUGAACGUAGCCUCGGAAGUGCUUCGGGACUUCGGGGAGGUCUUGUCGAAGACGUUGGAGCGAGUCAGUCGCAGUAUCGAGGAAUUCUACAACCUUCUGAUGAACCAGCUGAAGGCGCUGCCCAUUUACGAGAUGGCGAAGCAGAGGUUCGAGGAACUGAAGCACUUUGAGAUGCCUGAAUCCCUGCUGGUUCCCAUAAAGGAGCUCUGCAUAGCGACGAAGAACUUCAUGCCCACCAAAGAGCUUGCCGACUUCGUAGAGUCCGUCUGCAACUUUAUAGUGAUGCACGCCAAACGCGAGAAGGUCGACGAAAUAGCCGAAUUGAAGAAGAUUUACACGCAAGCUUUGGCCGCUGUUCGAUCCGUCGUCGGUAUGGUGCAAAGCCAAGUGACGUUGCACAACCUAUUGGACGUGAUCCAACUCCCGCAGGAGAUCGACUACAGCCUUCUGACCAAGCUCCCAGGCAUUUCCUCCUUCAAAUUCUCGGUCUGGAACCUAUUGCGCAACGGGGAGCUACCGAUGCCUCUGGACGUGUACCACGCUUACAGGCCAACCAACUAUCUGAGCGACAUCGUGCCACCGUUCAGCAAAUCAGCAGUGGUCGUCGACGGUGGACACUUCUUCACGUUCGACGGGCGUCAUCUGACCAUGCCCGGCACCUGCACCUACAUCCUGGCGCAGGACAUGCAGGACGGUAACUUCUCUGUGGUGGCGAACUUCAACGACGGAGUUCUAAACAGCGUCACGGUCACGGAGCCCAAGGAGAGCAUCACGCUCAAGAAUAAUGGAAACAUCCUGGUGAACAACAAGCCUGCGGACUUCCCCGCCAGCACGAAGAACCUCCACGCCUACUUGGUGCAGCCCUUCGCCAACGUCAAGUCCGAUUACGGCGCGCGCGUCACAUGCUCCAACAGUGGACCCAUGAUCUGCGCCGUCCAUGUUUCUGGGUUCUACCUAGGCAAGCUGCGUGGCAUCCUAGGCGACGGCAACAAUGAGCCCUACGACGACUUCACUUUGCCAUCGGGAAAGAUCACCGAGAGCGCGACAGAAUUCGGAAACGCGUACAAACUGAAGGGCGACUGCCCGGCAGCGACCAGCGUCGACCACAAACAGCGUGCUCCAAUCUGCACGGAGUACUUCACCGGUCAGAACUCCCCGCUGAGGUCCUGCUUCGAUUACGUUAACCCAGCCAAAUAUCGCGACGGCUGCGACCACGCGGUGGCAGCCAACGCGCAGAACGGAGCUUGUUUAAUCGCAGCGGCUUACCACUAUUCCUGUUACGCAGCAGGUCUCAAGAGCACUCACGUUCCAUCGUCUUGCAGUAAGUUCCACUUUGUCAUAAUGUCUGAGUAGGUUUGGGUAGUUUUU